AUGCCUCCCAAGAAGGCCCACGACGACUCGGAACCGAAGUCGACCCAUACCAAAGAAAAGAACGGUCACGGCCACACCAACGGGAAGAUGCGCCGCGUAGCCAGUUCCACCGGGUCAAAUUUGAAAGAGGUCACAAAUGCUGCGAACAUUGCAUCGCCUCCCACAGAGGCAGCCGCGACAAGUGCACCCGCUGCCAACCCAAGCGUCAGUCUGCCCAUACCCCAGAGUCGGGAGUCCCUUUCCUCGCCCCGUGACGCAAUUGCUCACGCUGAGAGUCGCGCCCUACAGAUCCAAUGGACCACUUUCGACCGUGACUUUCUUCACCGAUACCGCCGUGAACACCACCUCGCAACCCCCACUGCCUAUGCAAGCGACUACCGCUCCUGGCAAGGAAGCAAGCCUUCCGGCGUCAGACAAAGGGGCCAGCUAGCAAACACUGUGCGGAAGCACUUCAGCAGCCAGGCUGUCCAGGAGAACGAUGCCGUCGUGGAUUUCGUGCACCGGGUCAGGCGAGGCCGGCUGACCAAGACGAGCAUCCUGCCCAGGACGGGGAAGAAGAUGACGGAACCGGACAGGAUAUAG